CCUCUACUUCAUGUCGCGCAACACAGUUUCCACUCUCUCACAAUGCCACGCGGUACGAAUUUGAAUGCAAUGGAGCUCGAAACACGCAACUCGCCGACAGGCCACGUGGCAGACGGAAGCUGCAGAAUUCCGACAACGAGCGCGAGCACUCCCGAGUAUGGCAGCCCACUGGCAGCGCCGCCGAGACCAGAGUUCUCGCUGCCGCCUGCCGACAGCGGGAAGGAUGCUUGGCUCUUCCUCGCAGCGUGCUGGGCCGUUGAGGCUCUGGUCUGGGGCUUUGGUUUCUCCUUUGGCGUUUUCCAGGACUACUACACAACUCACCUGCCAUUCAAGGGCACUGGCAACAUCGCCGUUGUGGGCACGACCACGCUGGGUGUCAUGUACAUGGCUACACCGGUCGUCCUCAUCCUGGCCCGCUUCCGCCCGCGCUGGGCGCGGUGGUUCACACUCGGCGGGCUGACAUCCGCGGCUGUCGUCAUGGCUCUGAGCUCGUUCAGCACCACGGCAGGCGCCCUGGUGGCCACACAGGGCGUCCUGUUUGGGCUUGCCGGCUGCGUGGCCUACUGCCCCUGCAUACUGUACAUUGACGAGUGGUUUGUGCGGCGCAAGGGCAUGGCGUAUGGCAUCACGUGGAGCGCGGCGGGCUUUGGCGGCGUCGUGCUGCCUCUGCUCCUCGAGACGCUCCUCGCGCAGUUUGGCUUCCAGACGGCGCUGCGGGCGUGGGCGUGCGCGCUGUUCGUCCUCGGCGUGCCCAUCUCGGUGUACGUCAAGCCGCGGAUCCCCGUGCCGGCGGCGACGCAGGUGCGCAACCCGCUGCGCAACGUGAGGCAGUCGCUGCUGUCGCGGCGGUUCCUGCUCUACCAGGUCGCCAACGUGGUGCAGGCCACGGGGUAUUUCCUGCCGGCCGUGUACCUGCCGACGUAUGCACGCUCCAUGUUUGGCGCGUCGACGCUGCUCGCCGCGCUGACGGUGCUGCUGGUCAAUGUCGCCGCGACGGUCGGGUCGGUCGCGAUGGGCUGGAUGUCGGACAAGGUGCCGGCGACGACGUGCCUCGUCGUGUCGGGCGCGGGCGCGGCCGUGGCGACGCUCGUGCUCUGGGGGCUGACGUCGUCUCUGGCGGGGCUCUACGCGUUCUGCGUCGUGUACGGCCUGUUUGCGGGAUGCUACACGUCCAUAUGGCCGGGCAUCAUGCGCGAGCUGGCCAGCCGGUCCAGCGGGCGGCAGGACGAGGAGGGUGCAGAGGACGCGGGCGGGCCGCAGUACACGGACCCCACGCUCAUCUUUGGCUGGCUGUGUGUCGGCCGGGGCGCGGGCAACGUCAUCUCGGGGCCCCUCAGCGACGUGCUCAUCUCGGGGCAGCCAUGGGCGGGCGGUGUGGUCGGAGGCUACGGCAGCGGCUACGGCGCGCUGAUUGUGUACACCGGAGUCUCGGCCGUGCUGGGCGGCAGUGCCUAUGUCUGGAAGCGACUGGGGCUGCUGUGACGGCCCUGUAUCGUAGUAGGUACGUAGAUGACAAAGUUUGUGCCUAAGUAGCUUAGAUGAGUCGCCUCUGGAGCUGUUGAAUGGGUAUUGGUAAUUGACGCCGCAGCGUGCUGCCUGGCUGCCCCGUUGCUUUCGAGCUAUC